AUGGCUAAACGCCGGAAGCGUGGCUUAUCGCCGAUGGCUCCGCUUCCGCGUCUGAGCACCUCCAACUUUCGAAGUCACUUCAAAUCGAACUCUUCUACAUCCAACUCAAGCAAACCAUGGUUAUUCCUCGCUGAAGUCAUGUUGAACAGAUUAAUGUUGCGCACUACCCAUAGUGCUCGCCCGCUCCUCAUGGCGUGGGCGCAACCACCACUACUCCGCGCUUCUCAUUUGUCAGGACCCCAGUUGUCGCGCACAGCUCAAACAGCAUUUACAUACCGAUCGCUCCAAAAGCCCUCUUGCCGAGUAUUUUCCUCGGGCCCACGAUUCAGCUACCCACGCAACACCUAUAAUCGCUUCGCAGGAGGAGGCCGGCGCCAACCACUAAUAUACAAUGUGGUUCGAUAUCUGAAACCCCAACACUACGUUAUGAUUGGACUGGGGUUAUCAGGCGUGUACCUAUACAACACGGAUGUAGUGGAGGUGACCGGUCGUCGCCGCUUUAACAUGGUCUCUGCGCAAAUGGAACUGGAGAUGGGCGAACAGACCUACCGCCAGGUUCUCAACGAAGAGCGCGGCAAAAUUCUUCCUGAUAAUCACCCUGUAACGCAACGUGUGGAUCGAGUCUUACAGCGUUUAAUUCCCCUUGCACCCAUUGAAAGUGCUGAUUGGAAGGUCCACGUUAUCGCGGACCCUCACAUGACGAACGCAUUUGUGCUUCCGGGAGGAAAAGUAUUCGUUGCCACUGGUAUCUUGCCCAUUUGCGAAGAUGAUGACGGCCUUGCGGCUGUUUUAGGACAUGAGAUUGCGCAUGUUGUGGCGCAUCACCCGGCAGAGCGUGCAAGUAACAGCUUCAUCACUACGGGAGUUGCUCUGUUUGUUGCGCUCUUACUCGAUUUCUCCGGACAGGCGAGCUCGCUUGUCAUGAAUUACAUGUAUAGUCUGCCAAACUCACGGACACAAGAGGCUGAAGCGGAUCACAUUGGAUUAUUGAUGAUGUCCAAGGCUUGCUUCAAUCCUGAAGCCGCUGUCAAGCUAUGGCAGCGGAUGCAGAAACUAGAGAGGGAGGCGCCACCAGAAUUUUUGUCUACCCACCCUUCAAGCUAUAAUCGUGAAGAAGCCAUUCGUGGUUGGUAA